UACAAGACAAGCGACCAAGGAUUCUACAAUGCUGGAAAAGGAACUAGAGGAAGAGAGAAAACGGAAUGCUUCGUUAAUGAUUAAAUUGAAGAAAGCGAAGGCGAACAAACGAAUUGAGAAGGCCAUGGGAGAUGACAGUUUGGUUGGUCUACACUCAACAAUGCGAGAAAAUGAUUCAGUCACUGCGCAAAAUUCAAUCCUCAUGACCUCCAUGAGCAAUUUGUCUUUCGCGUCUCUACAGGUCCCAGAGUGCAAACCUGUUGAGGGUGAAGAAGAUGUUGACAAAAAAUCGUACGAGCAGUGGAGGCAACUGUUAGAAGCAUCGAUGCAGCUAGCUGGAGUUGUCGACGAAGCGACAAAAUGAACAUUUUUCGAAUCAAGGCAGGACAUAAAUUAUUGGAUGUUCUCGAUGGCACAGUAUCAAGCGCAGACUCUCCUGAUAUCACAACAUUUCCAUACUCAAAUGCUACACAUCGUUUGGGUAGUUUCUUUAACUCUCAGGACUACGCAUUCAUGCAACGACAAAAGUUAAGAUCAUUGAUCCAACAAUCUGGUGAAACGGAUAUGAAAUAUGUGAAACGAGUAAUUGCAGUUGCCAAACUCUGCGAUUACGCUGAUGCAAAUUUAGCAGAACAAGUCGCAGAUACGAUUCAGACUCAUGCCAUGAAUCGUAAAGUUCGUGAAAUCGGAAGGAAAAUUUUAAGAAAGGGCGGUUCUCUCCCGAUCUUCUGGAAAAAGUUCGCGCCGCCGAAAUGGAACAACUAAUUGAGGACAUGUUUGCUGCAACUCAUGGAACUCCGAGAGCGGAGAUCGCUGCUGUUACACAUGGUCAACCAAGAGGCCAAUCACCAAACCAGAACACAAACGCACUGAAAUAUCAUUUCAAUACGCAGCCAAGGUACUUCGGAAACUUCAGAGGCAGCCGAGGAGGUAGAGGGUUUGGCCGACGCGAGUUCACCAAGAACAUUGUUCAAUGUUGGCGGUGUUUGAGCAAGCAGCAUCAUCCAUCACAGUGCCACGCUAUGGACAAAAUCUGCCACAAUUGCGGACAAAAGGGCCAUCUUGUGAGAGUCUGCCGCAUGAAACCUGUGUCGCACCCAAUGAAGCGUCGUAACAGUAAUGAUGACAGGAACGUAGCCCACGCGAAGAAGGUUGCACUUGUUGCUAAGGACGAAGAAGAUUCAACAGAAGAACCUGAGAUACUUCAAUCCAACUCGAUUAUAAGGGUUCUUGCGAAUGAAAAUGUACCAUCAUUUGAUGAUAGUCGAGAAAGGCAGCCUCUAUUGAUAGAUGAAACUGAAAUAAACGAGAAUAAUAACAUUAAACCUGAAAUAGCUUUGGCAACGGCCAAGUUUGUUCGAAGAUUUCGAGAGAGCUCUAGUGGCGAAAAAGGCAUAGGACUAAUAGUUGGUAAAAUAGCAGGUGUAGACGUAACGUUCCUGAUUGAUUCCGGAGCAGAUGUUAAUACCAUCGGGGCAGAUACAUUCGACAUUCUAAUGAACAACAACGAAUCUAGACAAAAGUUAUGCUGCAUUAGAGAAGGAAGUGACAUUCCUCUGAAGGCCUACGCUACAUCAGAAGAAAUUAACGUAGUAGCAACUUUUGAGACUGAACUUGCCAUUAGUGAAGAUCGUCCCCAAUUUAUGGAGAAGUUUUACGCAAUUCAAAACGCGCGUGCGCUUCUCGGCAGAAAUACCGCGAUUUGA